UUGUGAGCACAAGCUGAGCCUUGAGUUGGAGACAAGAGAAGAUCAAAUCUUAGCAGAAAACAUGUCUCACUUGCUUGGCUACCCAGGAGAGGAGGAGGACCAGUUUUUCAGAGCGAGCCCAACCCUAGGUUGGGACGAUUCAGACAUUUCUCUCAGUAGCCAGAAUGACAUGGAGCUGAGCCAAGGGGAUGCUCUGGAUGAGUCCACAGAUGUUGUCCUGGAUGAAAGCGGGCCUCUCCUCAGGUGCCUCAAGAGAAUCUACCGGAAGGGGAAGAAGGAAAAGACCAGGCGGCGCAGAAGCAUCACUCCAGUCCCUGAUCUCUCUGCUAUGGCGACGAUUUGGGAAGAAAAUGAGUCCCCUGGUUCUGUCCAGGAGCCUGAGUUCUUGAUGGCCUCUUGGAAGAGCACCAUGGACUAUUUCAACAGUAAAAGUGAGGAUGAGCUGAUGAAGAAAUGUUUCUUGAGGUUCUUAUCCAUCCUCAGCAAGACAAUCAACUGGAGUAACAUGACCGAAUUCUUUAUGGAUAACUUCACGACCGACGUGGUGGGAACCAUUACGGAGAUGGUAAAGAGAGAGCCUCCAGAGCCCAGCACAAUCUGCCUUCAUGCCAUGAGUGCCGUCAUUGACUUGAGCAAGAGGCACAUCAUGAAAGUCAUGGGGUCCUAUAAGAAGGGCAUCUUGCUUCGGACCUUCUUCAAGAGCGUCUUUGCCCUUUCCCCUGCAAAAAUGGUGCAAGAGGAAGGAACAGUUGAUGCUUCCAGUAUCCAAUACACCAAGAACCUCUUCAUCGGAACAUACCAGACUUUCAGUGAAAUGCUCCAGCAGCUGAUGGUGGAGAACCCAGUUCCUUCGGAGCUGGAGAGGAUCUUGCAGGCAAGCCACUUAAAGAGAGGGGACGGGGGAUGUUGGGAGAGUACUCGUGGUUUCCUCGUGUGCUUAGAGAAGCGGGACACUAACCCAGUUCUAGAAGAUAAGCCCCAGGUUUCCAGACAGAGAAAUACUGAGGCUGUUCACACAGCUGAAAACUAGUAAGACAAGUGUCCUACCCAGGUUUGGGAGCUGCGUGUGCUCCCGAUUUUUGCUUGUGUGGGAGCAAAGAACUAGGUAGGAGGAGGGAGAAGUGAUUGUGUGGGAGGCAGGAGCUGGGGAGGGCAGUGCCAUCCUACCCAACUUUCAGACCCAACUUUUGACAACUGAAAAUUUGGGGAAUGCACAGCUCCCAAACCUGGGUAGGACACUUGUUCUACCCAGUUUUUGGUUCCGUGAAUAGCCUCACUCUGCUUUAAAACAGUCCUUACCACUUUU